AUGUGUGGAUGCGAUCAAACAGAAUGUGAAAUAUCAGACAUAUUAUUUGUGUUGGAUGCAUCGGGGUCGAUAAGAGGGUUUUAUGAACAUCAGAAAGAAUAUGUGGCUGGUAUCGCUGAUAAACUUAACAUAGAUCCAAACGCGCAACAUGUUGGUCUGAUUUUGUACAGCAGUAAAUAUCGGAAACGAUUGAUUAUUCCACUGGAUCAAGCACCAACUAAGCAAGAGUUCCUUCGAACUGUGCAACGGCUGCCAUUCUACAGCGGAAUAACCGCAACGGGUGCAGCACUGAACCUAUCGAUAAGUGCAUUGGAGAAAAGACGUGUCGAUAAGCGAACGGCUGUUUUGGUGCUUACCGAUGGCUUUUCGUAUGAUCGAGUCAAUGAAGCGUCCGACAUUCUGAACAAAUUACCGAACGUCUUAACUGUUGUUGCAGCUAUAUUCCAAGUGAGUCUUUGA